UGAAAUGCCAUUGCUCAAUUUACAGACUUAAGAACUACCUGUGAACAUAAUGUGACUAUUUACUUGAACACAUAGAAUAUUGCCCCCCCCAAUAAUAUUCUACCAGUUUGAGUGAAUACACAUAUUACACAAUAUACAUGCACAUGCACACAGACACACACAAACAUAUACAAAUUGUAGCCAUUGUCUAAUGCAAAAAAGGGGGAUAGUUGUUCUAUUGAAAUCAAUGCAACUCAAGUUUGCUGUUGCUUUUUUACACUCGUCAUGACAAUAAAAACUUGCUGAUUUGUGCCCAACAUGAAUGAGCCAUCUGCUCCCAUCCAUCAGUUGCCUUACAUCCCAAGUUUUUGUAUCUCAAAUGCAGUGUUAGUAGUUAGAGGCAAAGUUAGCCAUCCACACCUUAGAAGAGCCUGUGCAGUUUCCAAAGUUUAAAUUGUCACAUGCUGCUGGCGAAUAUGACACAGGAAGAGUAAGUGCCUAUGAUGCAGGGACUGCAUUCUUUUUGUUGUUUUACAUUCCAGUCUUUUUACACCAUUCUGUUCAUGUGCGUAAGAAAAUCCUGUUUGCGGGGAUGUAAUAUUAAAGGAGUAAACCUAUACGGCCUGCUCAGCUUAAAAAAAGUUUUAGUCCUUACAAUAAUCCUUAGCAAACAGUUUUAAAAAAAUGAAUGGGCUUUGUCUGAUGAAAGUGGUGAAUCAAAUUCCUAGUGACUUAAGCAUCAGGGUUACAAAGUUUUUUGGGCCAAAUUCUUUGUUUAAAUUAGCAGAGUAAAUAAAUGAGUUGGAGAGACUGAAGGUUCGUUCUCCAAGCUUGUGGGUUGGUUUCUGAAUGUUUCCAUUACCAGGCUAGGUAACAUCUUCAGCGGAGUAUAGGGGAUGUCAGUGUCCUUCUGUUUAUAAGGGCUAAUAAAUGAAUAUAUUAAUUAUGUUUCAAGUUACAUGGGAGCUUGGAAAGAGCUUCUACCCCAAGUAUUCAGCAUACUCAGCUCAGAAAAUCCUAAAAUCCUGACCAAUUCCUUUCUAUUAGUACAGUCAGGACUUCUUAUAUAGCUCAGCCAUCAGACUAAUAUAUAAAUAUAUUAGUUUCUAAUGUGUUCUUGUAUGCCUGCAACAUUUGUAGAAACCAAUUAUUUCGCCGAUAGGGUCAGUUGCCCCUUGGAGAAUAUUGUUUUAUUUUAAAUAUCAACACCACCAUUAUUACCAUCCCUUCCUCACUAAAUAAUUUAUAUCAGUAUUUAUCCCGGACAUGUGAUGGGUGGAGGAAUAGAAAAUACCUCCUGCUUAUUUUCAUCCAUUCAAAGCCAGCCAGUUUACUAUGUACGAUACAUAGAUGCUCUCUUAACGGCAGGGCUUUUAUGCCACAAAUGAUUUUAAUAUUUACAUGAAACAAGCCAUUACUUCUAACAUAGGCAUCAAUGGGAGUUAUGAAAUACUGAUUUUUUCCCCAUUGCUCUCUCAAUGUUGAGGUUGGCUAGACAGGAGCUCAUCUCCUGGCCGUGUGGCAUAUACAGACCGUCUGCUUUUGAACAGUCCUUCUUUUGACACCUCCAUGACACCUCCAUGGUCCACUUCUCAUCCCCAGAAAGUGAGGAGGCGGAAGCCUCAGGAGAUGUACCUCUUAAAGUCUGCUUUGUGCAUUACUGUGCCUGUGAGCAAGGACCACCAAUUACAAUUUAUAAUUCUAGAUUUAUACACUUAAAAACGUAAAUGGCGAAUGUAAAAAACAGAUUUGCAAACAUGUCACUAAAGUACAUUUUCCUUCAGGAUAUACUCCCCCUCCCCCAACAACAAUACCCCCCCCCCCCAAGUAACCAUGCAGUAGUCUGCAGCUGUAUGGACUCGAAGUUCAGCUAGACUGAAAUAGCUACAGGUUUCUCACCCCCAGAGACCGAAAUAAAUUUGCUGAAAUGAAAUGCAGAUUUCCCCCCCACUCCUGGUUAGGGAAUAAUGGAAUUGAUGGCUGGGUUCCACUGUGAUCAUUACAAUUUAUUCUUCCUUUCCUUUCCUCUCCUCCACCGUGCCCUAUCCAUACCCAUACCCCCUCCCCUGCAAGGCGAAGCAGUUUGCAGAAAGAUCAUUGAGAAUAAAGGAGAGCAAUUUUCACCAACUUUCCAAAGACACAUCAUGGUUUUAAAUGCAGGUUUUUAUUUUACUGUGAUUUUUUAAUAUAUAUAUUACAAAUUGUAGCUUACAAUGAAGCCUACUGCUUGAUUAAUCAAAAAAAUGUUUUUAAUGAGCUCUGCAAGUUUUACUUCAUAGGACUUAUCUUAGAAUGGCAUUUUGCUCAGCUCUAGACAGCUUAUUUUAUAGGACAAGUCUUAGGACAACAUUAAUGAAGGUCCAGUGAUUUUUUUUUUCCAUUCCACAAAUAUUUCCAAUUUGUCUGCACCAAUCAGGAUAGAAUUUCUCCCCCUAGCCCAGCACAAUAUUGUUGGAUGGUGGAUUUAGGAAAAAUGAGCUAUCUAUCUAUCAUGGUUUCUAUCAUUUCCUUCACACUUUAGAGAUAUGAUCUACCCUAAAUGAGGAAGAUACUUAAAGGUUGCUGUUAUGCGCGCACACACACACAGACAAACACACGCACACACACACGCAUGUACACACACAAAGUGCUUGUUUUUUGCUGGAUAGAAAACAAUUAUUGGUGCAACAGCCUGUGAGUUCUCCAUAUUAUAUUGUUUCUUUAGCUUCAGGUGGCAUCUUUCAGCUGCCAUUAUCUGCACCAUUAUCAAUAAAGAUAAGAAAGGCACUGGAAUGAAUAUUCCAAAGGGAACAAAAUACCAAGACCAUAUUUUGUUAUUCAGAUGCUGCAUGUGCAACCUUUGCCAUAGAAUUUAAGAACACAGCUUUAAGAACAUCACUGGGUCUUUUGAUCCUGGCAGCAAUCCAGAAUAAAUAGGAACAUAUCAACAGUCAAACUCUAUCAAAUAUAUAUAUACAAUACACUCAUAAACACACACACACAAAACCAUAUUUAAUCAAUAUAACAUAUAUUUAAUUGAUAUGCUAAUCUUGAUACUGUUCACAGCGAAUUAGUCCAAAGGCUCUCCAGAGAAGCUAGAUUUCUUUUCCACUUCUAAAAAUCCAUGAGAAGUUUGAGAAGAGAGAUAGAGAGGGAGGGAGAAAACUGUGGGGAAGGAAGAAAGAAAGCAUUUCUUUUUUUUUCUUUUUUAAAAAUAGCAACCAAUAAGAUCUGAGCAAGUGGAGGAGACCCCAGAGGAGAGGAUAUGGAAUGGAUUAUUGUUACUUGCUUACUCAAGUAAGUAAGCAUUAUUCUAACUGCAGAGCCCAAUAGCACCGGCAUUUUGCUUGCUGGUAUUGAAUCCCACACAGUCAAAUGCGAAAUAAUAAAAUAAACUCAUCAUCAGGCAGAUUACAGAUGUCAACUCUUUAGUCCACAAUCAGCACCACAUUUGCAGAUCAUCAUUCUGGGAGACCGCAUUUGUUUCCACUCAGAAACACUGAAACCCAAACUGGGCUGUCUCUGUUUAAGGUUCCUGUUCCUUUUUUAGCAGCGGUUGCCUAAGGAAGGCUGAGGAGCGUUCUUCCUACCUACUUAGGGGGGGUUGCUCUUAGCUAUUCGAGCACGUGGUUGAGGAGGGUCUUUUCUCAGCAGUAAGGACUGGAAGUGUCUCUGGAUUCCUUUCACACCCAUUGCAAGGUCUCCGUCUCCUUCCCCACCCCUUCAGUCCACCCCUUACAUCCGACAAGAAAGGGAUAUGCACAAGGCUCUGCAGGAAGAUGACCAACAGGCCUCAGAAGACAGCUGGUGCCAAGUUCUCACUAGGAGGCCCUCCUUUAGCCAGCCACUCUUCCCAACCUCAUUGGUGUCCCUGGAGGAGUCAGAAACCCCUACAGGGUCUUCAGAGUGCUCCAAAGGUUCCCGACGUCCAUCCCUGAGACCUCUAGGGAACAGUCGUGAUGAGACCUCCAGGUUACGGCAGCUGUCAUUGGUUACCUCUUCCAGUCCUUGUGACGCCACCACCACCACCACCAAUGGCAGUAUCAAAUCGUGUAGCGGCCAUGUACCAAAGCAGGUCUUCCCUUGGAUGAAGGAAACAAGACACAGCGCCAAGCAGAAGACCAACCUUCCUUUUUCAGGCAGCAGCUCCCCGUCAAGUUUCGCCUCUUCCAAGAGAAUUCGCACAGCCUACACCCAAACGCAGCUGGUGGAACUGGAAAAGGAGUUUCAUUUUAACAGGUACCUCUGCCGGCCCCGCCGACUGGAAAUGGCCCAGCUUCUGAGGCUCUCUGAGAGGCAAAUCAAGAUUUGGUUUCAGAACAGACGAAUGAAGUACAAGAAAGACAGCAGGAUCAAGGGCACCAUCUUGGCAUCGCCCAAUAACCCCUUUGAAGUGGGUGACUAUUAUGGGCACAUGGAGGCUGACUAUGAGAUAGCCCCAUCAAAUUCCUGCAGCAAAUCCUUGGAAGAGAUUGACAGUUCAGCAGGGUACACAGCUCCCCUCUGCAGCAGCCCUGUGACUUCAAUCUCUUUGGACUAUGGCCCUUUCUUUGGACCGGGAGAAAGCCAUCCUUAUGGACUUCCAGUUCUGCAAGGGAGCCCAAGAGCAAUGGGAGAAAAUUACCUGGGAAAUGGGCCUGGGGCUGACUCUUUCUUCAGCUACCCUGAUUACUCCUCUAGAAACCUGGAGUACAGCUGUGCUGCUGAAAUCCCCAGCCAUCCCCAGCUUGGGCCAUCCAACUCGUAUCCCAUUUACACAGAUUUAACCACACAUCCUGUGCCUCAGGGAGAUUCUCAGGGACCUGUAAAUCUUAUGCAUUUGUGAGAGCUGCCUGGACGGAAGCAGAGCAGGGGAAAUUGCUACGGUCCUAUUAUCUCAUUAAAACAAAUACCUCUAAGUACAACCAACAGUAUUCUUCCCUUCCUCCCUGCCCACCCAUUACCUCCUAUUUAUUUAACUGUAUUGAAGUAAAAUUUAUUGGCUGGGGAAAGGUAAAAGCCACUGUUGGAUGUUUUACUCAAGGAAAGACCAGUCUGAUUAAUAAUAAUAAUAAUAAUAAUAAUAAUAAUAAUAAUAAUAAUAAUAAUAAUAAUAAUAAACCACACCAUCGAAUAACAGUGUCUGCCUAUCUUGGGGAUGGGACUCAAUAGGUGGAUAAAAAUGCCAAAUCUAGUCUAAAUCUCUGGCUGGCUAUGCAACAGACCAUAAUAAUAAUAGUAAUAAUAAUCUGGUCUGUUUCUUACAGGAAACACAUGUUGUAAUAUAUUUUUAUAAAAGAUGUGAGACUCGAUCUCAGUCAUUCAGUAGCAGAAACAGCCAUUUGCCCUCAGGUGGGGGAAGGAAGUCUCAUCUGAGUUACUUUCGUUUUCCAGGCAUUGCUUAUCCUAAAAUUAAAGAAAGUAAUGAAAAUUGGAUACUCCGAAGCUUCGUUCUUUUUGCCUAGCCUAUUUGAGAAGCUCAGGGCCAUCCUUUUUUAUUCCAUUUGUAGAUCCUCCCUUUGUCACUACAGUCAUCUUGCUCUAAUGGCAGGGAUCUUUACAAGUUUGAUGGGCAAACACAGACAAACGUUUUAUUAACUAAUUGCAAUGUUUUAUUAAGUAAUUUCCACAACACGCAGAGUAAGCAACUGGGGACCCUUUAGCAAAAACUGGUCCCCAGGAAUUCAAGUAGUAGAAGCAGGCAGGAGAAUGAACUCUUUUCUCCCUUUCUUAAAAGUCUCACAAGAUAUGAGGGAAGUUCUUUUCUCUUGGCAAGUUGUUUAGGGCUGAGGAGCUUCGAAAUGUUUACCUGGAAACCUCAGUGGAAAUAGACUUACAUGUCUUCUCUUCCCUCCCCGCACCCUUUUCAAACUUUUAAUCUUUUCUUCUGGUCUCUUUCACUGAGGAACAGUCCCAGGCUGCAGAAGAUGCUAGGAAAUGUCCUUUCUCUUCAUGAGGAACUGGUGGAGUUCAGUUGAAAUGAAAUUUCACCUGAAGAUUCCCUUGAAUUUGGUCAUUGCAAAGGAAAAUCUGCAGGGGUGGAUAGCAGGCUAUGCUAUGUCUAAAUUCUUUUUACUGAGAAUAAAGGUAAAGGUUCCCCUCGCCCAUUUGUGCUAGUCGUUCCCAACUCUAG